AUGAAUUCGCAUGGAAUGACAUAUGACGAUUUGUCACAGGCUAUAUCAGAAUCAUACUUGCAUUUAUCGAACGAUGAUACCAAUGACUUUACUGGGACGUCCAACGAGGCGCGAGAGAUGACGGUUGAAAACGGAUACGAUACGUCGACGUUGAUGCGAUUGGCGAGAGCGAUCGAUGAACAACAGCACAGGGUCGAGAAGAGUGAAAUACGGACAAAACACGGGAAUGGCUCGCCUAGAGUCCAAGCGGCCAAGAAUCGAGCAAAUGGAGGUGACCAAGGGCCCCCAGGGCCGCAAGGAAGGACAUUUAUCUCAUCACAUUCCACACCGUUGGUGUCGAAACUGAGCAGCUCUAACAUUAGACACACCAGAAACCGAAGCAGUACACUUUCAGACGUUGAAGAGACGAUUGACGAUUCUAGGGUUAUUGGGGGCAAUGGUGAAUCUGAUAGAGAUACGGCAAUGAGCGAAUUGCGUCAGAUGAUCGAGACGUUGUCGUUAGAGGAGCUAGAAGAGUUUAAAAAGCCAAUCGAGACACUUAUAACAAACAAUAGACAAAAAGACCGGAAGUCUCCUCGCCAGUCGGCACACCAGUAUCAUCAAAAGAACAACAGCGAUAUGUAUGUGACACCCAAGCGGUCGUAUAUCAAUGCGUUGAGUAGUGAUUCUGGUUCGAGUGGAGAAGACGACGAUGAUAGAUUAAGCUUGACGCACACUCAUACAAAUGGUAGUUUCCUACGCAAGAAGGACUCACGAAUCUCACACAGUGAUCCAGCUAAUGACAAGUCAAAUUUAAAGAUUCAUAUGGGCCCUAGCUAUGAGGCAAACGGUAAAGUCAAACUGCCGUCCCAUGAAAAUCAGAAGAAUUCAACCCGUAUUAAAAGUCCUCACAAUUCUGGGAACAAUGAGAGAAUAUCAAGUAUUGACGAAAUAGAAAAUGAGCUAGACUCGGCCAUUACAACUCCACCACAUUCACAAGAAUACGCUUAUUCCAAACAUGAAUCGUACGAUCCACAUUCGAUGAAUAAAAGUAUUCUUGCAACUUCUGACCACAGUGAUAAUGAAUAUUCCCUUAGUAAUACAAGUUAUAUUCCUAAAAGAGUCGUCAACAAACACAAAUCCAGGCGUCCCCAGGAUGCUGAACCCAUGCUGAAACAAAAAAGUAAUGACAGCAAAAACGAAAGACUUCAACUAGAAGUUGAACAAUUGAAGAAAGAAAACCUUAAUUUACGAAUUAAACUAAACGAACUUGAAAUUAAACUAAGUGAAAGUGAGAGCAAUGCUAUUAAUAAUGACGAAACUUCAUUAAACGAUGACAAUAGUUUUGUAUUCAAUGAUACCAAUAACCAGGACUCUCGCGAUAAGAUUGACGAAUUAACCAAUGUCAACAAUCAAUUGAAUUUGCAACUAGCCAACUCCAAGAGCCAUACAAACGAACUAAGCAACGAGAUCAGGUAUCUAAAGAAUAAGUUAGCCAUCCAGAACAAUACGGACAACUUCCAAUUGAAGGUAUCAGAGCUUGAAUCUCAUAUCAAAUCAUUACAGGGCCAGAUUGGCAAUACCAACAAUCUCAUAACUCAAGAUUCUAUCCUGAGUGACUACAAACAAUUUUAUACGAAACUACAGUUGAAUCAAGUAGAUAGACUAACAAAGAUAGAAAUGUCAAACUUAAUUAAAAACCUUAUGUUGUCCCUAUUGAUUACAGACUUCGAGCACUUGCCAAUGGUUUCAUCCAAAAUAGGCAAAUUUUUCAAAAUAAUUAGCUUGUUCAUGGACCAGCUACAUAGUAUGGUUUACGAUGACUCGUCGACAGCUAUCAGACCUUCACAUUACUUAAAAAAUCAUGAAUACGGGAUGACUGAAUUACAAAGUUGCUUAGACGGAAUGCUAGAAACAUUGCUGCAUCCCACCCGAUUACCUAAUUGA